GCCGAUCCCCGGCGCGAUGCUGCGGUGCAUGCCGCCGCUCUGGCGCUGCAACCGGCACGUGGAGGCGCUGGACCGGCGGCACUGCUCGCUGCAGGCCGUGCCCGAGGAGAUCUACCGCUACAGCCGUUCGCUGGAGGAGCUGCUGCUGGACGCCAACCAGCUCCGGGAGCUGCCCAAGCCAUUCUUUAGGCUUCUGAACCUGCGCAAGCUGGGUCUGAGUGACAAUGAAAUCCAGAGACUUCCCCCUGAGGUUGCCAACUUCAUGCAACUGGUGGAACUGGACAUCUCCCGUAACGACAUUCCAGAAAUUCCUGAAAGCAUCAAAUUCUGCAAAUCCUUGGAAAUCGCAGACUUCAGUGGGAAUCCUCUCUCCAGGCUUCCAGAGGGCUUCACACAGCUUCGGAGCCUUGGCCAUUUGGCCCUGAAUGAUGUGUCCCUGCAGAGCCUCCCCAAUGACAUUGGCAAUUUAGCAAACCUGGUGACUUUGGAGCUACGUGAGAACCUUCUAAAGUCUCUCCCCACUUCAUUGUCCUUCCUUGUCAAGUUAGAACAGUUGGAUCUUGGUGGCAAUGACCUGGAAGUACUGCCAGAUACUCUGGGAGCGCUACCAAACCUGCGUGAGCUUUGGUUAGACCGGAACCAGCUCUCAGCCCUGCCUCCAGAGCUGGGCAAUCUCCGCCGCUUGGUCUGUCUGGAUGUGUCAGAGAACAAACUGGAGCAGUUGCCCAAUGAGGUCAGUGGGCUAGUAGCACUGACAGACUUGCUCCUGUCACAGAACCUGUUGGAAUGCAUUCCGGAUGGGAUUGGUCAGCUGAAGCAGCUCUCAAUCCUCAAGGUGGACCAGAAUCGGCUGACAGAGGUGACAGAGUCAAUUGGGGACUGCGAAAAUCUGUCAGAACUCAUCUUGACAGAGAACAUGCUGACAGCCUUACCAAAGUCCCUUGGCAAGCUGGCCAAGCUGACGAACUUGAACGUGGAUCGGAACCGGCUAACAUCCCUUCCAGCUGAGAUUGGAGGCUGUGCCAAUCUGAACGUGCUGUCCUUGCGAGACAAUCGCCUGGCCCUUCUGCCACCAGAGCUUGCCAACACCACUGAGCUUCACGUCCUGGAUGUGGCCGGGAACAGACUGCAGAACUUGCCGUUUGCUUUGACAAAUCUUAACCUGAAAGCCCUAUGGCUGGCAGAAAAUCAGUCCCAGCCCAUGCUGAAAUUCCAAACAGAGGAUGAUGAAAAGACAGGAGAAAAAGUUCUCACUUGUUACCUUCUUCCCCAGCAGCCCUCUCCUAGCCUAGAGAAUCUUUUGCAGAACAGUGUGGAUGAGAGCUGGACAGACACCAAUUUAAACAGAGUCAGUGUGAUUCAGUUCCUGGAUGAACCGAAAGUAGAUGAUGAAGAAGAGUCUGGAGCUGAGAGACGGGGCUUACAGCGCAGAGCAACUCCUCAUCCCAGUGAACUGAAGGUUAUGAAGAAAGUGAUUGAAGUUCGGCGCAAUGAGGUGUAUGCUGCAAAGCCUGAUGCAGACCUGAAUUCUCCUAACUCAGAAGAGAAGAGGCUGAGCGCCAUGUCAAAUCGCAGUGAGGACUCCCACCUUUCCAACAGCACUGCCUCUGCUGACUUUAGGGGAGAGGAGCAGGGAGAGGAGGGAGAGAGGAGCUGGCCAAAUGGGCAGGUGCCUGAGAUGCAGGAGCUGGAGAAGGAGGCAAAGCCCAGAGCUGAAGAGGAGCAUAAGGAAGCUGCUGACCAAGAGGAGGAAGAUGUGGAAGUGGAAUACAAUGAGCCCACUGUGCACUUUGCUGAGGACACACUAAUACGGAGUGAGGAUGAGGAUGAAGAUGAAGAGCGACCAUUCCCAGUGGAGAAACAGAGGCUUAUCCGCAAGGACACACCCCAUUAUAAGAAACACUUUAAGAUAACUAAACUGCCCAAGCCAGAGGCAGUGGUGGCACUCCUGCAGGGACUGAACAGUGAUGGAGUCCCCAAAGAGGAAGAGGAGUUAGGAGGCUGCAAUAACAACACAGAGCCUGAGGAUCAGGAGGAAGCGUGGGAUGAGGAUGACAGAAAGAAUGGAGCUUUAUCUGCUCAGCCAUCAGUGAAGGGGGUGUCGUUUGAUCAAGCCAAUAAUCUGCUGAUUGAACCUGCUCGCAUUGAGGAGGAAGAGUUGACACUGACUAUCGUGCGGCAGACGGGGGGGCUGGGCAUCAGCAUCGCAGGGGGCAAGGGCUCCACCCCCUAUAAGGGUGAUGAUGAGGGCAUCUUUAUUUCCCGCGUGUCAGAAGAGGGUCCUGCAGCUCGUGCAGGGGUUCGUGUUGGGGACAAGCUUCUGGAGGUGAACGGUGUGUCCCUGCACUGUGCUGAGCAUCACGUGGCGGUGGAAGCUCUGCGUGGAUCAGGAAGCUCCGUCUCCAUGACAGUUCUGCGGGAGCGGAUGGUGGAGCCGGAGAACGCCAUCACCGUCACACCGCUGCGCCCUGAGGAUGACUACAGCCCUCGUGAGAGGCGAGGUGGUCUGCGCUUCCCAGAGCGACCCGAGGGGGCACCUCCCACAGAGAGAUAUUCCACCUGCCUCAUGCGCAAUGAGAAGGGCCUGGGCUUCAGCAUUGCUGGUGGCAAAGGCUCCACACCCUACCGGGCUGGUGACACGGGGAUCUUCAUCUCACGGAUUGCAGAGGGUGGUGCAGCCCAUCGGGACGGGAUCCUGCAUGUAGGAGAUCGGGUCAUCUCGAUCAAUGGGGUAGACAUGACAGAAGCCAGGCAUGAUCAGGCAGUAGCGCUGCUUACCGCAUCCUCCCCCACCAUCGUGCUGCUGGUAGAGAGAGAGGGUGCAGAGCAGCUCAGCGAGGGAGACUCGCCAGGCGUGCCACGAGUGCGCAUGCACUCCCCACCACCGCCUCCCAGCCAUGGGGAGAGCCCACCGGAGGAGACGCCUUCGCUGCAAAGGAACCAUCUAUCUAAAGGCCUGGAGGAUCAAUAUCCCAUUGAGGAAAUUCACCUUGUAAAAGCAGGUGGCCCCCUGGGACUCAGCAUCGUAGGAGGCAGUGACCAUUCAAGCCAUCCGUUCGGGAUUCACGAACCAGGUGUCUUCAUUUCAAAGGUCAUUCCCCGUGGACUGGCAUCUCGCAGCGGUCUCCGUGUAGGGGACAGGAUCCUGGAGGUAAAUAGCAUUGACCUGCGCCACGCUACCCACCAGGAAGCAGUGAAUGCCCUGCUCUCCAACACUCAGGAGCUGACUAUGUUAGUAAGGCGAGAUCCGCCACCACCUGGUAUGCAGGAAAUAUGCAUUGAAAAGGCUCCAGGAGAAAAGCUGGGCAUCAGCAUCCGGGGUGGAGCAAAAGGUCAUGCUGGAAAUCCAUUCGAUCCCACUGAUGAAGGCAUCUUCAUUUCUAAGGUGAGCUCCUCUGGGGCUGCAGCCCGGGAUGGCCGUCUGAAGGUGGGAAUGCGGAUCCUGGAGGUGAAUCAUCAGAGUUUGCUGGGAAUGACACAUACAGAAGCAGUGCAGAUACUCCGAAGUGUGGGUGACGCGCUCCUUGUGCUAGUGUGUGAUGGCUUUGAUCCCAAGGCUGCAGCUGCUAUUGAGAUGUCCCCAGGAAUUAUUGCAAACCCUUUUGCUGCUGGUAUCGGACGCAAGAAUAGCCUGGAAAGUAUCUCUUCCAUUGAUCGGGAUUUAAGCCCUGAAGAACUGGAGAUCCUACAGAAGGAGAUGGAAAUGGUGAGAGAAGCAACUCAGUGGGAGAGAGAAGAAAUGGAGAAGGUGAAUAUCACCAGUGAACCUUUGAGACUGGACUAUCGGACCCUGGCUGCUUUGCCCAGCAGUGGCUUACAGAGAGUCAAUCGCACUGCUCCUGCAGGCGAGUCUGGGACAGGAAAUUCCAGGCAUGAAGCCCCCUAUUCUCCUAGUAAUCAGCAGACGCCUGCAGCCCCUCGGCCUGCUCACCUGUCAGGCAGGGAGACCCGCUUUGCUUCCAUUAACUUCAUUACAUCACAGGAUGAGAGUAAAUCACAGACCAAGCCAGGCGUCAUUCAGCCUCUUUCCCGAGUGCGACAAAAUGCUGCCUCGCAUAAUUCGGAGGACGGGGACAGCCCCAAUCCCUUCCAGCAACCUGAGCUAUGCUUCAAUAUCCAGAACUCUCAAAAGCCACCUUCACCACCUUCUCCUGACGAGAUCCCCAUCAAUGUCAAGCAAGCAUACAAGACCUUUGCAGCAGUGCCCUUGUCACACCCUCUGCUUGAGACACAGGAAUUGCCUGGUCAGACCAGCACAGAGAAUUCCAAAACUGCCCCGGAGGUGGCCACGCACAAUCCCAGUGGACUGCACAGCCCUGAGCAGAGAUCCUUCCGCGAGAGGCAGAAGUAUUUCGAAAUUGAGGUGAAGCAACAGCAGAUGGAUAAGCCUCCCAAGCGUGUCUCCUUGGUAGGAGAGGAUGAUCUGAAGAAAAUGAAGGAAGAGGAAGCUCGAAAACUGCAGCAGAAACGUACCCUUCUGUUGGAGGAAGAGGCAGAAGAGGAUGAGAUGGUAAAACAAGUGCCUGAGAUGAGCAUGCAGUCCAGUGUCAUCAUUGAAGGAGUUGAGUACAAGAUUGAGAGACUAAAUGGAAGGAGCAUCCAGGCUCCAGCAACUCGGCCCUCUGAGGUCAAUGAGAACAGCAGCUCACAGAGGAAUUCACUGGAAGAGGGAAUUAAGCCUGAACAGAGAACCAACUCUAUGUCUGGGUUGAGUCCAUUAUAUCUUGGAGCAGGCGAUCCAGUGGCACCUGUGCGGACAGCCAAAGCUGAACGGCGGCACCAGGAGCGAUUGCGAAUGCAGAGUCCUGAGCUUCUGAGUGGUCAAGAGAAGGAGCUUUCUCCAGCAGAACGACGUGCUCUGGAGGCAGAGAAACGAGCAAUGUGGAGGGCAGCACGGAUGAAAUCACUUGAACAGGAUGCUCUUAAAGCCCAAAUGGUUAUUGCUAAGUCCAAGGAGGGGAAAAAACGCAGCACACUGGAGCAGCUGGCAGAGUCACCUUCACCUGUUCCUACCCCAUCACCAACACCACUGGAAGAUUGCAGUCCCAGAAACGUCACUUCACCGGGAAGGCUGUCCAUGUCUGAAAAGAAGUUUGACUACCGGGAGUUUGCUGCUAUUCCUUCCUCCAAACCUGUUUACGAAAUCCAGUCACCUGAUGCAGCUGAUGACCUCAGAUACAUAGAUGACAGAAAUAACUCAGUUCCCCAGGAGCAGGAUGGGCAGCCAGAGGAAGAGGAAAUGUUAGUAACACGUGAUUCAUCAACACCUACUUCAUCAGCACUUGAAGAAAUGGCCCUGUACAGCAGCAAACGCAAACUCCGACACAGCCGGCGCAGUUUGGAGGCUGCUGUCCCUACGUAGAAGAUCUGGUGCACCUGGGCGAUGGAAUAGCCCAGCACAGGGCUUUUGAGCUUCCUGUGCUCCAGGGACAGCACUGGACUGCCCACACUGCUGCCUCCUGGACUCUGGAUGGGAACUGAGCACCCCAGGGAGCAUUGUGGCCAACUAACUUCCUUUAAGGCUGUGAACCGCCCUCGUUUCUCACCCAAUAAUGCACUGGGGCAUGUCCUAAACAAAAUGGGAUAAACACUAGACUUAUUGAUGGCAAUUGAGAGGAGGUGUGGGUAUGACAGUGGGCAGAUGCAGCUUGUUAGCCUGUAAAUAUUGUGUGUGGGGGAAGGGUAGGACAGGGAGAACAUAUGAGUGUGAGAGUGUGUUGGGCUCCAGCUGUUAUUUCCUCAACUUUGAUUUGUUUAGUGGUUAAUAUGGGAGCUUCUACUCCGGUAUGAAUUAGAAGGAAGGUCCAGCCUGCCUUUGCUCCUAUUUAAUUUCCAGUCUUUUGCCAAAAAGCAUCUCCUUCCACUCUCCUGCACUGUGUCACCUCACUUUCUUUUGGGAGUAUGUGGAAAUGGGUAGCUUGGAGGCAAAAAAAAAAAAAAAAAAAAAAAAAAAAAAAAAAAAAAAAAAAAAAAAAGGAAUUUCAGUGAAGUGCCUCCCUCUGACACUGACACCUAUGUGCUCAAGCAAAGACAACUGAAUAAGCAGGAGCCUGUGCCAGCUCUGUGCCACUUGCCUCUGGUGGUGAGCGCAGCAAUCUAUCCCAUGUAGGAAACUGCUCCUGCUAGUAUUUUGUGCUGUUCUGGGAGACAGGUACCUACCUAGAUGUACACAUAACUGUGUGUAUCUUGUGCGUGCAGUGUGAACCACUCUACAAGCACACUGUACUGAGUGUCAGAGGAGGCCAGGUAUCUGUCUUCUGUCAGCACCAUGACUGAAUUGGUGACCUGGGGCAGAAAUGAGAAGGGAGCUGAGCAGCUGUAGCAAGAGUGUAGCAGUGUGCAUGUGUGACAGCAAUAGAGAGCAGAAUAGUUGGGGAUUAGGAUAUGGUGGCAGAGAUAGGAGGUGUAAACAGCAGAUAAGAUAGUGCGUUAGGAUUCAGGAAAUGGGGAAGGGUAGGAAGUGGCAUUGCUGGGGUCAGGUUAGGAGUAAUGGGGUCUUACAGGUAGGAGGAUACUAGUGGGUGAGGCCACAAUGUUGCCCACUAGCAGUGAAAUGAAACAUGACGUUACUGGGGUGCCCAGUGUGGGGCUUUCAAAGAGCGCCUGCUAGGCAGGGAGCACAAUGAAGUAGGAUGGGUCUGGCCUAUGCCUUGCAAUAACUACACAAUUCUACUUUCUGCCAACUUGUUGGCUUCAGGCCCCUCUCCAUGUAGAACAAGGAAAAUACAUGCUUGCCCAUGCAAGAGUUAAAAAAAUGGAAAAGGAGCAGGGGUGUGAUUCAUGGUUUCCAUGAGUGGAACAAGGGCUGUGAACAGAUUCUGUAUCAAGUGAGCUCUGCAGAUGGGGAGGAGACAGGUGCUGCCUAUAGCUCUGAAAUCAGUUUCUGCUGCUGACUACUGAAAUAAA